UCGCGCCCCGACCCCGCCUAGGCUCUGACCCCUCCUGGCUCGGCUCAACGUCACAAGGGUCCCCGCCCCGGUCAUUUUGCGGGAAUGACGGGGUCCACCCCUUCGGGGUAGGGGGAGGAAAUGAACCCCAAACAGGCCCAUGGGGAGCCAAGCGGCGGUUCGACCCGACCCGAGUAGGCCUCGGUUGCUAUGGUGACGCGGCCUUCUUAGCCCCACCAGGUCCAGAGCAGCAAGGCGCAUGCGCAAAGUGCCUGGGAGCCCGCAAGAGGGAUUCGUUUCCUUUUUCCCACCCAGGAUGCCCCACGGUCCUUGGGUGCUGACGUCACGAGAGAGGGCGGUCCCCCAUUUGAUGAAGUUAACCGCGUUAUAUACAAGAGCGCCAGCGACAGAGGCCCGUUAGUUUAUCUCAGACUCGGCCUAGGUUUGCUGAGUCUAAAAAGGGACCGUGGUGUCCCUUUUGAGGUGACCAUAGCCGCCGAGGAGCAUAAGUGACUGCGCACUGAGGUGGCCACAGUCGCUAAGAAGGUUGACAUCGCAACGCGGCCGCUCGAGGGUUUCGCUUCCGGGUUAGGCGGCCGCAGAAGCGUAGACGGAGUAGCCUGAGCGCCUCUUCCGGUUACCUUUUCCCAGUGCCAGAGGCGCCUAGGGUUUGGGGUCCUCGCCCAGGGACAGAGACCCGACACCGAGCGGCGCCUUCCCCGGGAUCGAGGGACGCGCACGCCAGAGGAGACGAAAGGAACCCGGGUCGGACCAGAUCGGAACCACUGACCAUUGCCCAUGGCGGCCCUAGGCCCUAGCAGCCAGAAUGUCACUGAAUACGUCGUUCGAGUUCCUAAGAAUACAACCAAAAAAUAUAACAUCAUGGCUUUUAAUGCAGCCGAUAAAGUCAACUUUGCUACGUGGAAUCAGGCUCGGCUGGAGCGGGACUUGAGCAACAAGAAAAUCUACCAAGAAGAGGAGAUGCCCGAAUCCGGCGCGGGCAGCGAGUUCAACCGCAAGCUUCGGGAGGAGGCUCGGAGGAAGAAGUAUGGCAUCGUCCUCAAGGAGUUCCGGCCCGAGGACCAGCCCUGGCUGCUCCGGGUCAACGGCAAAUCAGGCAGGAAGUUCAAGGGCAUCAAGAAGGGAGGCGUGACAGAGAACACGUCCUACUACAUCUUCACCCAGUGCCCCGACGGGGCCUUCGAGGCCUUCCCCGUGCACAACUGGUACAAUUUCACGCCACUGGCCCGGCACCGCACGCUCACUGCUGAGGAGGCCGAGGAGGAGUGGGAGAGGAGGAACAAGGUGCUGAACCACUUCAGCAUCAUGCAGCAGCGGCGGCUCAAGGAUCAGGACCAGGACGAGGACGAGGAGGAGAAGGAGAAACGCGGCCGCAGGAAGGCGAGCGAGCUGCGCAUCCAUGACCUGGAGGACGACCUGGAGAUGUCUUCCGAUGCCAGUGAUGCUAGCGGUGAGGAGGGUGGCAGAGCCCCCAAGGCCAAGAAGAAGGCGCCGCUGGCCAAGGGUGGCAGGAAGAAGAAGAAGAAGAAGGGUUCAGACGACGAGGCCUUCGAGGACAGCGAUGAUGGGGACUUCGAGGGCCAAGAGGUGGACUACAUGUCAGACGGCUCCAGCAGCUCCCAAGACGAGCCUGAGAGCAAGGCCAAGGCGCCGCAGCAGGAGGAGGGACCCAAGGGUGUCGAUGAGCAGAGCGACAGUAGUGAGGAGAGUGAGGAGGAGAAGCCGCCUGAGGAGGACAAGGAGGAGGAGGAGGAGAAGAAGGCGCCCACCCCCCAGGAGAAGAAGCGCAGGAAAGACAGCAGCGAGGAGUCGGACAGCUCAGAGGAGAGCGACAUUGACAGCGAGGCCUCCUCGGCCCUCUUCAUGGCGAAGAAGAAGACACCACCCAAGAGAGAGCGGAAGCCGUCGGGAGGGAGCUCAAGGGGCAACAGCCGCCCAGGCACGCCCAGCGCAGAGGGCGGCAGCACCUCCUCCACCCUGCGGGCGGCUGCCAGCAAACUUGAGCAAGGGAAGCGGGUGAGCGAGAUGCCUGCAGCCAAGCGGUUGCGGCUGGACGCGGGACCCCAGAGCCUGUCCGGGAAGUCGACACCCCAGCCGCCAUCGGGCAAGACAACACCCAGCAGCGGCGACGUGCAGGUGACUGAGGAUGCCGUGCGCCGCUACCUGACACGGAAGCCGAUGACCACUAAGGACCUGCUGAAAAAGUUCCAGACCAAGAAGACAGGGCUGAGCAGCGAGCAGACAGUGAACGUGCUGGCCCAGAUCCUCAAGCGACUCAACCCCGAGCGCAAGAUGAUCAACGACAAAAUGCACUUCUCCCUCAAGGAGUGAGGCUUGGUCCAAUACACGGCUCUGCCCCCCAGAACUUCAGGCUCUCACUGCCCCUUCGCCAUCCUGGAGUGAGGCUUGGUCCAAUACACGGCUCUGCCCCCCAGAACUUCAGCUCUCACUGCCCCUUCGCCAUCCUGGAGUGAGGCUUGGUCCAAUACAUGGCUCUGCCCCCCAGAACUUCAGGCUCUCACUGCCCCUUCGCCAUCCUGCUCCCUGACUCCCAGGUCCCCGUAGUUAGCAAUUCUGGAAAAGUUAAGCCAUCUCCUCCUGUGGCCCUUCCUUCUGGAAUCUUCAGCUGCCUGUUAGGCCUUCUUAUUGUCCUCCUCCUCCUGGCUCAGCCUCCCUCACACUGACCAAGGGCCUGUGCUGCCCACUGGGUAACUUCUACAGUUCUCCCUUCCACUUCCCUGAGUCCCUCUUCAGCUGUGACUUAUCCACCACAUAGCCCAGUAAGUCUUCAGUUUUGGUUGGGCAUGAUGGUGAGCGCCUGCAGUCCCAGCUACUUGGGAGGCUAAGCCCAGUUCAAGGCUGCAGUGAACUAUGCUGGUGCCACUGCACUCCAGCCUGGGUGACAGAAUGAGAUCCUAGCACACACACACAAAAAAAAGCCAGGCAUGGUGGUGGGCGCCUGUUGUCCCAGCUAUUCCGUAGGCUGAGGCACAAGAAUCACUUGAACCUGGGAGGUGGAGGUUGCUGUGAGCCGAGACCACGCCACUGCACUCCAGCCUGUGUGACAGAGUGAGACUGUCUCAAUAAAUAAAAAAAAUAAUAAAUUGCUCA